GGGUGGCUGGCGGUGGAGCGCGUGCUCGCGCCCGCGCUGGUGCGCAGCCGCUCGGGCCGCGCCCCUGCCCCGCCGCCUCAGCUCCCCGCGGGGCCGAUGCGGGUCGCGCGGCUGAGGCGAGCGAGGUAGGCUUCGCCGGCGCCGCGGCCGCCCGGCCCUGGCCCGACUGGGACCGCGGCCUCAGCCCCUCCCGGGCGCGAACCAGCCUGGUCGUCCGCGGGGCGCGGCCAAGGGGGCCAUGGCCGACCGCGGGUGUCCGCUGGAGGCGGUGCCGCUGCCCGCCGAGGUGCGGGAGAGCCUGGCGGAGCUGGAGCUGGAGCUGUCGGAAGGUGACAUCACUCAGAAAGGAUAUGAAAAGAAACGGGCAAAACUGCUUGCGCGCUAUAUCCCGCUUGUUCAAGGAGUAGAUCCAUCCCUACAAGCCGAGAAUCGCAUCCCAGGGCCCUCACAAACCACAGCCUCAGCGCCCAAACAGCAGAAGCCACGGCCCACCAACUCCCGGGACGAACGCUUCCGGUCAGAUGUUCACACGGAAGCAGUGCAAGCAGCUUUGGCCAAAUACAAGGAGAGGAAGAUGCCUAUGCCUUCAAAGAGACGUUCUGUUCUUGUGCACUCGGCUGUGGAGACCUACACGCCUCCAGACACGUCAUCUGCCUCAGAAGAUGAGGGCUCUUUACGGCGACCCGGGCGACUUACCUCCACUCCGCUCCAGAGCCAUUCCAACAUCGAGCCCUGGCUCGACCGGGUCAUUCAGGGCUCGUCCACCUCAUCCUCUGCAUCCUCCACCUCAUCUCACCCGGGAGGGAGACCCGGCGCCGCUCCCAGUGCCGCCGCCACCACCACGCUCACAGGCCCCGCGGCCCACGCCCACAUAGAUCUGCACCCUGCCCCUCCCGAUGUCACCACGGGUCUCGUGUCGCACUGUGAGCGUCCGCAGCUGGCUUCUGUGAGAGGCGUCCCUCGGGGCUACAGCGGCAGCGUCCUGGAGACCGCAGGGGGUGUUCCUGUGAACAGCAGAGUGUCCUCCAAAAUCCAGCAGCUUCUCAACACCCUGAAGCGGCCGAAGCGCCCUCCCCUGAAGGAGUUCUUUGUGGAUGAUUUUGAGGAGCUGUUGGAAGUGCAGCAACCGGAUCCAAAUCAGCCAAAGCCGGAGGGCAGCCAGAUGGUAGUGCUGAAAGGGGAGCCCCUGGCCGUGGGCACUGCCUGGCCACCGUCACUGCUGGCCGCCUUGCAGCGCUGGGGCACGAUGCAGCCCAAGGCCCCCUGCCUGACUGCCUUGGACACAGCUGGGAAGGCCGUCUACACCCUCACCUAUGGCAAACUUUGGAGUCGGAGUUUAAAACUAGCUUAUACUCUACUUAAUAAACUGACUAGUAAGAAUGAACCACUACUUAAACCUGGAGACAGAGUGGCCCUGGUGUUUCCCAACAGUGACCCCGUGAUGUUCAUGGUGGCGUUUUAUGGCUGUCUCCUGGCAGAGCUGGUUCCUGUCCCCAUAGAAGUGCCGCUAACAAGAAAGGACGCUGGCAGCCAGCAGGUCGGGUUUCUACUGGGCAGCUGUGGCGUCACCCUGGCCCUGACCACGGACGCUUGCCAGAAAGGCCUGCCCAAGGCACAGACUGGAGAGGUGGCAGCUUUCAAAGGUUGGCCCCCACUUGCCUGGCUGGUGAUCGACGGGAAGCAUCUAACCAAGCCCCCGAAAGACUGGCAUCCGCCGGCCCGGGAGGAGGGGGCCGGGACUGCCUACAUAGAGUAUAAAACAAGCAAAGAAGGCAGCACAGUGGGGGUCACGGUGUCCCACGCAUCCCUGCUGGCACAGUGCCGUGCUCUGACCCAGGCUUGUGGCUACUCAGAAGCUGAGACAUUAACAAAUGUGCUGGAUUUCAAAAGGGAUGCUGGUCUGUGGCACGGAGUGUUAACAAGCGUCAUGAACAGGAUGCAUGUGGUCAGCAUCCCCUAUGCACUGAUGAAGGUGAACCCGCUGUCCUGGAUUCAGAAAGUGUGUGUGUAUAAAGCCCGGGCCGCACUGGUGAAGUCCCGAGACAUGCACUGGUCUCUCCUAGCUCAGCGGGGACAGAGGGACGUCAGCCUCAGCUCACUGCGCAUGCUGAUCGUGGCCGAUGGUGCAAACCCCUGGUCCAUAUCCUCCUGUGAUGCGUUCCUCAAUGUCUUCCAGUCUAGAGGGCUGCGGCCAGAGGUCAUCUGUCCAUGUGCCAGUUCUCCCGAGGCGCUGACGGUCGCCAUCCGCAGGCCACCCGACCUGGGAGGACCUCCCCCAAGGAAAGCUGUCCUGUCGAUGAGUGGCCUCAGUUUUGGCGUGAUCCGAGUUGACACUGAAGAGAAGUUGUCAGUUCUUACUGUUCAGGAUGUGGGUCAGGUGCUGCCUGGAGCUGAUGCGUGUGUUGUGAAAGUAGAAGGUACCCCUUAUCUCUGUAAAACUGAUGAGGUUGGAGAAAUAUGUGUCAAUUCCAGCGCAACUGGCACAGCGUACUAUGGACUGCUUGGAAUCACAAAGAGCGUCUUUGAGACUGUCCCAGUCACAGCAGGAGGAGCCCCUGCGUCUGACAGACCUUUCACCAGGACAGGGCUGCUGGGCUUCAUCGGGCCUGAUAACCUGGUUUUUGUCGUGGGCAAGCUGGAUGGGCUAAUGGUGGUUGGAUUUCGUAGACACAACGCGGACGACAUCGUGGCCACUGCGCUGGCUGUGGAACCCAUGAAGUUUGUCUACAGAGGCAGGAUUGCCGUGUUCUCUGUGACAGUGCUGCACGAUGACCGGAUCGUGCUUGUGGCUGAGCAGCGGCCUGACGCCUCCGAGGAGGACAGCUUCCAGUGGAUGAGCCGCGUGCUGCAGGCCAUCGACAGCAUCCACCAGGUGGGCGUGUACUGUCUGGCCCUGGUUCCUGCCAACACCUUGCCCAAGGCUCCGCUCGGAGGGAUUCACAUUUCUGAAACCAAGCAGAGGUUUCUGGAGGGGAUGCUGCACCCAUGUAAUGUACUAAUGUGCCCUCACACCUGUGUCACCAACCUCCCCAAGCCUCGCCAGAAACAACCAGAGGUUGGACCAGCCUCCAUGAUCGUUGGGAACCUGGUUGCUGGGAAGAGAAUCGCACAGGCCUCGGGAAGGGAGCUGGCUCACCUGGAAGACAGCGACCAGGCGAGAAAGUUCCUGUUCCUGCCUGAUGUGCUGCAGUGGCGGGCACACACCACCCCUGAUCACCCGCUGUUCCUGCUGCUCAAUGCCAAGGGCACCGUCACCAGCACUGCAACCUGUGUCCAGCUGCACAAGAGAGCUGAAAGGGUUGCUGCCGCCCUGAUGGAGAAGGCACGACUGAGCGUCGGGGACCAUGUGGCUUUAGUCUACCCUCCAGGGGUGGACCUCAUUGCUGCCUUCUAUGGCUGUCUGUACUGCGGCUGUGUGCCUGUCACUGUGCGGCCCCCACACCCCCAGAACCUGGCCACCACGCUUCCCACCGUCAAGAUGAUCGUAGAGGUCAGCAAGUCUGCUUGCGUCCUCACCACACAGGCCAUUAUGCGGCUGCUCAAGUCCAAAGAUGCAGCGGCUGCCGUGGAUGUCAGGACCUGGCCAACCAUUCUAGAUACAGAUGACAUACCGAGAAAGAAGGUGGCUAGCAUUUUCAGGCCGCCGUCCCCAGACCUGCUCGCAUACUUGGAUUUCAGCGUAUCAACUACGGGCAUAUUAGCAGGUGUGAAGAUGUCACACGCAGCCACAAGUGCCUUGUGCCGCUCCAUAAAGCUACAGUGUGAGCUGUACCCCUCGAGGCAGAUCGCCAUCUGCCUUGACCCCUACUGCGGCCUCGGCUUCGCCCUGUGGUGUCUGUGCAGCGUCUACUCCGGACACCAGUCGGUCCUGGUGCCCCCGCUGGAGCUAGAGAGCAACGUGUCCCUGUGGCUGUCAGCCGUCAGCCAGUACAAGGCCCGCGUCACCUUCUGCUCCUACUCCGUGAUGGAAAUGUGCACCAAGGGCCUGGGCGCGCAGACCGGCGUCCUCAGGACGAAGGGGGUGAACCUGUCCUGCGUCCGCACCUGCAUGGUGGUGGCUGAGGAGCGGCCCAGGAUCGCGCUCACACAGUCCUUCUCCAAGCUGUUCAAGGACCUGGGGCUGCCAGCGCGCGCUGUGAGCACCACGUUCGGGUGCAGGGUCAACGUGGCCAUCUGCCUCCAGCCCAACAGGCUGGGAAAGCUGGCUGAGCAGGGCACGGCCGGCCCGGACCCCACCACCGUCUACGUGGACAUGAGGGCACUACGCCAUGACAGGGUGCGUUUGGUAGAACGGGGUUCUCCUCACAGUCUGCCAUUGACGGAGUCUGGAAAGAUCCUCCCUGGGGUGAAGGUCAUUAUUGCACACACCGAGACCAAAGGGCCCCUUGGAGACUCACAUCUGGGAGAGAUCUGGGUGAGCAGCCCCCACAACGCCACCGGCUACUACACGGUCUACGGGGAAGAGGCGCUCCACGCUGACCACUUCAGUGCCCGGCUGAGUUUUGGAGACACACAGACCAUUUGGGCGAGGACUGGCUACCUUGGUUUCCUUCGGAGAACGGAGCUCACUGACGCCAGUGGAGAGCGACACGAUGCGCUGUACGUGGUCGGAUCUCUGGAUGAGACGCUGGAGCUGAGAGGCAUGCGCUAUCACCCCAUCGACAUCGAGACGUCUGUGGUCCGAGCCCACAGGAGCAUCGCCGAGUGUGCUGUGUUUACUUGGACCAACCUGCUGGUGGUGGUGGUGGAGCUGGACGGGCUGGAGCAGGAUGCACUGGACCUGGUGGCCCUGGUGACGAAUGUCGUGCUGGAGGAGCAUCACCUGGUCGUGGGUGUGGUGGUCAUUGUGGACCCAGGUGUGAUCCCCAUCAACUCUCGGGGCGAGAAGCAGCGCAUGCACCUGCGUGAUGGCUUCCUGGCCGACCAGCUGGACCCCAUCUAUGUCGCCUACAACAUGUGAGCGCGGCCCGUCGGCCCCACGUUCCCGAGACAGGCGUGGUCCCGGCUCCCGGUGCGGGAGCCUGUCACAGGGGACUCGCGAAGGCACCACACUGUCUGCAGCCAUCAGAAGAAAAGACUCCAGUCUUCACAGAAUGCUGUGCACUCUGCUUUUACGGAUCCAUCCCAAGGAUCCCCACAUCUCAUUUUAGGAACCACUUCCUGACUCUUAGAAGAAAUGUUUUCAUCUUUGAGGACCUUUGUCAGUACUUGAACAGGCAGGUGCCUGUGAGGGGGCCUGGCGUAGCUGUGGCGAGGGAUCGCGAGCGCUCUGCUGUGCUGCGAGUUUGCACUUGUUUUAGGCUAAAAAUAUAGUUCUUGAUUUUAAAAAUUCAAUUAUUUAUUCCCACUUCAAAUGACAACUUCAUGUAUAGAAUUCAUGCCAGAAAGAACUUGAGGCCCCUGGGGAGGAGCAGAGUGAUGGAGGGAGGGAGACUUGGUCUGCCCUCCCCCCUCCCAGACCCGAGGUCCUGCUGUGGCCACACGGCACUGCCUUUGCUGGUCUCCUUAUUGAAACAGGCGUGCCCAGUUGUCUGCAUUUGUUAUCACGAGUACUCAGUAAGUGCCAUUUGGGGCUGUCAGCUGAGAUGCUUUGGGGAAGACAAACCGGCAUUUAGUCUGAAACGACCACCCCAGGUUUGUAACUUCAUGCUGUGCAGGGACCAUACCUGUUGUCCCAAGUCCACAACAUGAAUUCUUCUCAGUACAAGCACUUGUGUGGAACUGUUAUUUUUAUUCAACAGACCUGGAGGGCAUUGGUGGCAGCAUCUGAGGCUUUCAGGUCAUCAGUGCUAUUUGCUGAGCACCCCGCACGCAGUCUGGGGGCCGUGGACAGACCCCUGCCUGCCCGGCGUUCACAGUUUGAAUUGUGUGCCUAUAAAACUUGGCCAAACCAUAUUCAGUUAUUUUAUUCAAACUUGAUGAAACUGACUGAUGUAAUAUAAUAUAGUAAACCUAAAUCAAAAAGAAUGUAAAAUCCUUUAGAUACUUUUAAGAAUUUGAAGCAAAGCUUAAAUCUUAAGACAGAUUAUUUUUAUAUAGCUAUUAAAGAGUGUGUUAUGAAGUUGUGGGGUUUGGGGGGGAUUGAGGGUGGGAAAAUUUAUGAAUUAUGCAUGCUUCCUAGGAACAACCAGGUUUUUCAGGAAUUGGCCUGGAACAGUGCCUAACAAAGCUAUUACUAAUUCUCUACCAUUUUAAAUUCACCACCGGAUGGGUCUGGCUAACUGGGCGGACUCUCACAUCCUACACAUAUUUGGCUACAAAUAGCACGUGCAUAGUAGUUCUGUUGCGUGUGGUGUUGAGCCGGGGCUAGUACGGGACAGCAUACUGGAAUUCUAAUAACCCUGUUGUAAUUAUGUACAUAAUCUGUGUAAUUUAUUGUUUGACAUACAGAGGUUCUAGCGGCGGACUGAUGGACGUUCCUUAUAACAGAAUGGCCAGCAGGGAAAAACUACCUAACCCUAAUCUUAAUGUUGUAGUUUUAUAGCAAACAAAUACUGUAAAAUUUUUGUAUUGAAAGGUCAGUGGUAGUAAGAUAAGGUGUCUUGUAAAGUCAGAUUUUAAGAAGCACAUUAAAAUGUUUUAAAAUUACUCUCUGGGAAUUCUGUAUAUCACACUGAAAUUUUUUUAUAUCAUGUUAAUAAAAGGUAUUAACUGUUUGUAAUUCUGCGCUUUGAAAUGUGUGAAAAUGUUUUUUAAAUUACCCCAAAUAGGAUGUAUUUUAUCAUGCAUUCUUUUUUCUGAAUAUAAAAGCAUUUAUGCUUCUAGCAUAAAAUCUACAAAGCACAUUCAAGUGUAAAGAAGCAAAUUAAGAUCUCCUAUAAUCCUACCUCUGACUAAUCGCAGCAUUAGUGUUUAAUAAAAAUCAUUUCAGGAA